AUCAAGCGUCCGCUGAACGCCUUCAUGCUGUUCCGCAAGCAGUUCGUUGCGCAGAGGAGGGACAUGCUGAUGAUGAUCGAGAAGGACCAUCGGAAGCUCAGCGAGAUGGCAGGGAAGAUGUGGCGCGACAUGACGAUGGCGGAGAGGCAGCCAUGGUUCGCUGCGUCGGAGGUGGAGAAGGUAGCGCACGACCAGAAGUACCCGGACUACAAGUUCACGCCU